CUAUUCCAAUUAAGCUUUUCUACCCGAUCCUGUUCCGGUAGAAACUACUACUAUAUAAAAGCAUCCAUCCGAUCCCAAUCCCAACCAAGAAAAGAAAGGGCUUUAACCCGAAAUCCCCAAAUUUCGCAUAAGAAAAAGAAAACCCUAAAUCGCGAUUUGGCAGGCAUGGCUUCCACAGCCGAGGAUCUAAGGAAUCGUGAUAUCAAAUUGGUCAAGGCCGAUGGGCCUCAAUUCGUCCAAAGAAACGAUAAGCUUCAUGGCACCAAGGCGGUAGAACCAAAUAAUGCCACUUCUCCCCAUGAAGUUGAGGUGCCUUCUUUAGAUCGUCUUGAUCUCAAUGAGAACUCCAAUGGUGCCAUUGAGGACUUCUCUGAUGGCUCCAAGGCGGUAGAACCAAAUAAUGCCACUUCUCCCCAUGAAGAUGCUUGGCUUCGUAAAUUACUUUAUGGUGAAGGUAAGCGUCGCCGCACUAUGAAGUGGAAAAGACUCCCACCUCCAGAUGCAGAUUUUAGUUCCCUUCUUGAGGGCCUUCUCGAUCCACCAGGAGUGUGUUGAGACCAAGCCCAAGCACCGUAUUAGCCCAAUUAAUCCAUGUACCCGGAGACAACACCUGCUCAUCUGGUGCAAGAGUACAUCUUCAGUUUGCACUCCAUUCUGCAGUUCUGCCAUCUGCUUGGUUGUAGCUGCAUUUUGUUUCCAUUUGCAUUUUGUUCCCAUCUGAAUAGUGGCGGUCCUGUGCCACAUGUCUUCUCUAGGUUGUAUGAGACACACCUGUAAUUGUAAGCUACAACCCAGUUUGGGGAUCAUGAACGAAGAAUGCAAUUUAGUUUUUCCUGUUUACCUUUCUUUAAAUCCCUGAAUCUACUAGAGUGGCCGUAUAGACGUUCAUGGAUAUUGCUUGUGUUUUGAAGAAAAGAAGUGGUGCAUCUUUCCUAUAUUUCCUGGGAGACCAGUUUAUUACCCAAAUGUA